CUAGCCGCUCACCGCAAGAAGAAAAGCCGCCCAGUCCUGCCCCUGCUCUGCCUCCCAUCCUCUGCUCUGGAGCUGCCUUCAGCGCAGUCACGCCCCUUCCUUCCGAGGAGCUUUCUGGCUGCCUGAGCUGGUAGACCCCCUGAAUUACUUCUCCAUCUCCCCUCUUUCGCCUCCUCUUAGUUCUCAUCGCCUCUCCCCUGCUACCACUACCACCUCCAGUCUGUCUCGCCUCGCACCAUCCGCUGCUCCACCCUCCGGCCCGGUAUCCUGCCUGUCCACUGCCACCAAGGAGAGCCCGGACGGAGCAGCGAAGAGGGGGAGCAGCCGGGGUUUGGGGUUCCUCCCCUGCCCAUCCCUGGCCUCCGACCCAGGACCAAAGCCACUAGAAGAAGCAGAGAGUCGUCACCUUGUCUUCGUUGCCUUCGGGGAGUGGCUGAGAGGAAAACAGAAGUGAAAGAGCUUUCGACUUCAUAGAAGAAAGACUGAAAAACUAAAGGUCAAGGGCAGCCCAAGUGCCCAAUUUCUCUCUCUCUUCACAAGGCACCACCAGCAAUAGAGAUGAGAAAUUCUGAAGAACAGCCAAGUGGAGGAACUACGGUAUUGCAGCGUCUGUUACAGGAGCAGCUUCGCUAUGGCAAUCCUAGUGAGAAUCGCAAUCUUCUUGCCAUACACCAGCAGGCUACAGGCAAUGGCCCUCCUUUCUCUGGUGCGCCUGGCAACCCAGGCCCUCAGAAUGAUGUGUUGAGUCCCCAAGAGCACCAUCAACAGCUUGUGGCUCACGCUGCUCGACAAGAACCCCAGGGCCAGGAAAUCCAGUCUGAAAACUCCAUCAUGGAGAAACAGCUGUCCCCUCGAAUGCAGAAUAAUGAAGAACUCCCAACCUAUGAAGAAGCCAAAGUGCAGUCCCAGUAUUUUCGGGGACAACAGCAUGCCAGUGUUGGAGCUGCCUUCUAUGUCACAGGAGUCAGCAACCAGAAGAUGAGGACAGAGGGACGUCCAUCAGUUCAGCGGCUCACUCCUGGGAAGAUGCACCAGGAUGAAGGACUCAGAGAUCUGAAGCAAGGCCAUGUCCGCUCCUUAAGUGAAAGACUAAUGCAGAUGUCAUUGGCCACCAGUGGAGUUAAGGCCCAUCCACCUGUUACCAGUGCUCCCCUCUCCCCAUCACAGACCAAUGAUCUCUACAAGAAUCCCACAAGUUCCAGUGAAUUCUACAAGGCCCAAGGGCCGCCUGUCAACCAACAUAGCCUGAAGGGCAUGGAACACCGAGGCCCCCCACCAGAGUAUCCCUUCAAGGGCAUGCCACCCCAAUCUAUAGUGUGUAAGCCCCAAGAGCCAGGGCACUUCUAUAGUGAGCAUCGCCUGAACCAGCCAGGGAGAACAGAGGGGCAACUGAUGAGAUAUCAGCAUCCCCCUGAGUAUGGAGCAGCCAGGCCGACACAGGACAUCUCGUUGCCGCUGUCAGCCAGGAACUCUCAGCCUCACAGUCCUACUUCUUCGCUGACGUCUGGGGGUUCUUUGCCUUUGCUGCAGUCUCCACCAUUGACCAGAUUGUCUCCUGCUCAACUUCCCCUGGUGCCAAGCCAAGGAGAUCACCCAGCUCACCUACCUCGGCCACAGCAGCACUUUCUUCCUAAUCAGGCUCACCAAGGGGAUCACUUCCGUCUUCCCCAGCCUGGCCUGAGUCAGCAACAGCAACAACAGCAGUCGCACCAUCACCACCAUCACCAGCAGCCGCUGCAGCCAGGAGACACCUAUUCAGCCAUGCCUCGAGCUCAGCAGUCUGCUUCCUACCAGCCCAUGCCAGCAGACCCCUUUGCUAUUGUUUCCAGAGCCCAGCAGAUGGUGGAGAUCCUCUCCGAUGAGAACCGCAACCUGCGGCAGGAGUUGGAAGGAUGCUAUGAGAAGGUAGCCAGACUGCAGAAGGUGGAGACUGAAAUCCAGCGUGUCUCGGAGGCCUACGAGAACCUGGUGAAAUCAUCCUCUAAAAGAGAGGCCUUGGAGAAAGCUAUGAGAAACAAGCUGGAAGGCGAGAUUCGAAGGAUGCAUGACUUCAACAGGGAUCUGAGAGAGCGACUGGAGACUGCCAACAAGCAACUUGCAGAGAAGGAGUAUGAGGGGUCAGAGGAUACCAGGAAAACCAUCUCUCAGCUCUUCGCCAAAAAUAAAGAAAGUCAGCGGGAGAAGGAGAAGCUGGAAGCAGAAUUGGCCACUGCCCGUUCUACCAAUGAGGAUCAAAGGCGGCACAUUGAAAUCCGAGACCAGGCCUUGAGCAAUGCCCAGGCCAAGGUUGUGAAGCUGGAAGAAGAGUUGAAAAAGAAGCAGGUGUACGUAGAUAAGGUGGAGAAGAUGCAGCAAGCCCUUGUACAGCUCCAGGCCGCAUGUGAAAAGCGGGAGCAGUUGGAACACCGCCUGCGAACUCGCCUGGAGAGAGAGCUGGAAUCUCUCAGGCUCCAGCAGCGCCAGGGCACCUCACAGCCCACCAACGUUUCCGAAUACAGUGCCGCAGCACUGAUGGAGCUCCUUCGCGAGAAGGAAGAGAGGAUUCUGGCCCUGGAAGCUGAUAUGACGAAGUGGGAGCAGAAGUAUUUGGAGGAGAAUGUGAUGAGACAUUUUGCUCUGGACGCUGCUGCCACCGUGGCUGCUCAGAGGGAUGCAUCGGUCAUCAGCCACUCUCCUAAUACCAGCUAUGACACAGCUCUGGAAGCUCGCAUCCAGAAGGAAGAAGAAGAAAUUCUGAUGGCCAACAAACGUUGCUUGGAUAUGGAGGGCAGGAUUAAGACUCUCCAUGCCCAGAUUAUUGAGAAAGACGCCAUGAUCAAAGUACUCCAGCAACGUUCCCGGAAGGAGUCAAGUAAGACCGAGCAGCUGUCAUCCAUGCGACCAGCCAAGUCUCUGAUGUCCAUUUCCAAUGCUGGCUCGGGCUUACUCUCUCACUCGUCCACCUUGACUGGUGCCCCCAUCAUGGAAGAAAAACGGGAGGACAAGAGCUGGAAGGGGAGCCUAGGCAUUCUCCUGGGUGGAGACUAUCGUAUUGAGUCUGUCCCUUCCACACCCUCACCAGUGCCGCCCUCCACGCCACUGCUGUCGGCUCACUCCAAGACAGGCAGCCGAGACUGCAGCACUCAAACCGAACGUGGACCGGAACCCAACAAACCUGCAGCUGCUCCUCCCAUCUCUGUUCCUGCUCCAGUUGCUGCUGCCGCCAGCGCUGCCGCCAUCACUGCCAACACCGCCACUGCUGCCACCAACACCACCACCAUGGUAGUUGCUGCUCCAGGCGCCACGGCUGCUGCUGUUCUUUCGGCUACGCCCGCUGUUGCUGCUGCCGCUACCGCCCCAGCUCCGGCAGCUGCUCCGGCUCUCGCUGCUGGUGUUCCUGCAGCCGCUGCUGCUCAGAUGCCAGCUGCCGCCUCCACCACUGCCACGGCUGCCGCUGCCGCUGCUCUCGCUCCUGCUGCUGCUGUUGCUGCUGUUGCUGUUCAGGCUGCUCCAGCUGUUGCGGCUCCGGUUCCAGCUCUGGUUCCAGUCCCAACUCCGGCCCCAGCAGUGGCUCAGGCUGCUGUUCCGGCUCAGACUCAGGCACCAACUCCUGCUCCGGCUGUGGCUCCUCCUUCAGCUCCGGUUCCAGCUCCAGCUUUGGCUCAGGCUGAGGCUCCUGCAAGUCCAGCCACUGGUUCUGGAUCACGUCGUCUGUCUACAUCAAAUGUGACCUGCAAUUCAGAGAAGACAGAUGGUCCUGCUUUCCACUCCAGUACUCUGGAAAGAAAAGCGCCCCUUCAGAUGCUGGGGCAAGAGCCUGAAGCAGAGAUGGUGGAAUAUCUCAUCUGAAUGAUACAAUCAAGAGCUGAAGUUUAUCAGCACGAAUGGUUUUAAUCAUUUUUUUUUCUUUUUGUUUGUUCUUCUUAGCGUGAGGACAAGGGUUGGGGGUGGUGGGAUGUUUUUUAAAGGGACUUUUUAUUGGAACAAUAUAGUACUUAAGUAAUACCAUAUGGACUCCAGUCUAUUCUGGUAUACUUAGAAAGUACCUCUAAAGACAGAUUCAUCAGAAUAUGCUCCGAAGCCUGUUUGCAUUAAUACAAAUACUGGGACAGUUAGCAGGUGGAUAUACAGUGAUGUUUUCAGUGUCCUUCAACUUGUUUAAAAUUUCCCUAUUCCAGAUCAUUUUCUAUUGAAGAGCACAGCAUGUGUGAAAGACAGUAUGUAACAUGUAGUUUGGAUGUUGCAAGCCCAAGAGAGUUUAUGAAUGUGCUGUUUUAUACAGUUACUAAGUUGGAAAACAGCCAGCUCUCACCUCAGGCUCCUGAAAGGGAAUCCUUUUAGGAUCUUAUGUAAGCUAAAGAAUGGGUAGGGAGUCCUGGGAUACAGAAGGGCGCUGGAGCUCAUUUUCCUCCCAGCUCCCCAGCUGUCCUGCCCCAAGGGACUGUGUUGAUCUUCAUUUCAGUGGUGCUUUGGAAGUGGGUUCUUUUGUUUCCCUCCUGGAGGUUCCUACAUUCAUAUAUAUGCUGUGGAGGAAUUUAUGCAUUGGGAUAAUUCAUAGAUUGCUUUCUAACUGAAUGAUACGCAACUUCCUCUCUUGGUUGGAGUGGGGGGUGCAGUUAGACACCUGAGGCCUCCUUGGAGAGUUGCAUGAGGUGCUGUGUGUGGACUUCUGUGGUCUGUGUGUAGCCAUGAACACAGCUCGCCUGCCUUUGAGACCAAUCAGCUUCGUGUUUAUUUCUUCUGCAGCAUAGAUUCACUAGCUGGGUCACCAGUCCCAAAUUGCCAGUAAUUUGCAAAAUGAGGGAGCAUUUUUGUUGAUAAUCUGAAUGCUUUGAAUUUCUGGUGACUACUUGGAAAAGAAUUCAUUCUGUUUUUCCAGAUUCUUAGUCUCAUGUCUUAAGGCAUAUUUGACUAUCAAGGAAAUGGCACCAGAAACCCAAAGUACUAUGACUUAGAGGAGAGGUGGAUUAUGGAGUCUUCUCAGUUACCUCUUCUCAUUGCCAGGGAUUCUUUGGAAUAUCUUUGGAAAGCCAUGGGAAAUGUGCAUGUGGGCGGGGACCAAAGGAGGCAGUGGCUGCAAGCAUAGCCAUGCUGUCUCCACCAACACAGAGGGUGCUACUUGCCACAAGCCCCUGCCCUGUGUUACCUCUCUGCCCUUCGCUAAGAUAACAAAUAUGCAGACAAUGUCAUUAAGUUCAAUUGUGCAGGGGUACCGAAGGGUGAGGGGACAUUUUUAUGGGUGAGGGUUGGGGAUAGAAGCUUGGGGAUGUAUUAGCUAGCAACCAAAUUUAGUAGAAGAAUAGGCCUGAUAUAUUCAUGAGCCAUUGCGCUGAGAAGGAACUUUAGCAGUCCUUCCCUCUAAUGUUAGUGAUGAGGAAUCUGAGAUUUGGAGAGAUUCGGUGACUUUGUCAAGAACACUAUUCACAUUGCCAGUUACCACGCUGCUCAUGAGAAACAAACGCACAAAAAAAGGAGUCCAUUUGAAGAAAAGGCAUGUUCAUGCCCCACGGUAUCUGUGUUUCACAGAAUGUCCCUGGCUUGAGCAGUUUGUUCAGGGGUCUGGCAAUCCUUGUCUUGCCUCUCCUACAGUGCCUUGGGUAAGGUUCAUCUCUAUCAUGUUAUCUCAGAUCAUCUCAUAGGAUUCUGUGAGUAAAGGAAUGUAAAAGUACCGUGUGUGUGUGUGUGUGUGUGUGUGUGUGUGUGUUUGGAGUGGGGAGAUGGGGAAGGAUAAUGCGAUUUUCAGCCAGUUCUCCUAUUUUCUUUAAUGGAGUGAACAUUGAACACCUCAGUCCUCCAUUAAAGCUAGAAUUAUUACUUCUUCAUACUAUCAUUUUAAAAAACCAGAAUAAAACUGUAAUGGUAGCAGCAGAAAGUAGCAAACUUCAGCGGAGCUACUUUCUAUCCAAAUAAAGAAAGAGGCACAUAUUGAUUUUCAGUUAACUCUUUCCUGGUCAGAACACAUUACCAGAAAUUGUGCUCACUCUGGGAGCUGUGAGUGUA